AUGGAAAACGCAAAGAAUUUGAGUCGGAUUGCGCCCUUCGAGGGGUGCCCGCUUCGGGGAGAUGGAGCAGCAGCAGCAACACCAAUGCAGCAGCAGCAGCAGCAGCAGCAGGGGAAGGGUCCAUCAGCAGCAGCAGCAGCAGGGGAAGGGUCCAUCAGCAUCAGCAGCAGCAGCAGAAGCAGCAGGGGAAGGGUCCAUCAGCAGCAGCAGCAGCAGCAGCAGCAGGGUCCAUCAGCAUCAUCACCAGCACCAUCACCACCACCCGCAGCAGCAGCAGCAGCAGCAGGGGAAGGGUCCAUCAUCCGCAGCAGCAGCAGCAGCAGCAGGGGAAGUGUCCAUCAUCAUCAUCAUCAGCAGCAGCAGCAGCAGCAGCAGGGGAAGUGUCCACCACCAUCAGCAGCAGCAGCAGCAGCAGCAGCAGCAGCAGCAGCAGCAGCAGCAGCAGGGGAAGUGUCCAUCAUCACCAUCAUCACCAUCACUACCAUCAUCACCAUCAUCAUCAGCAGCAGGGGAAGUGUCCACCACCACCAUCACCACCACCAGCAGCAGCAGCCGCAGCAGCAGCAUCACCACCACCAUCAGCAGCAGCAGCAGCAGCAGCAGCAGCAGCAGCAGCAGACCUGGUCGGCGUCAUCCUUAUUGGCUGUGGGCUGCAGCAGCUGCCGCAAGUGCUGCGUGAGCGCCACGCGGAGCGGCUCCCUGCAGGUGACGAGCGCGAGCGAUCCCGCGAGCGACGCCACCAUCAAAUGUGCUGCUCUUUUCACGAGAGCUUCUUCGCGUUCCAAACAAAAGUCCUUCGUCACCAACUCCCGAGUCGCCACGCAAGAUAUCGACACUGCAGCAGCAGCAGCAGCAGCAGCAGGGGGAUGCAGCGGCGGUGCUGCUGCUGCUGCUGCAGCAGCAGGGGUGCUGCUGCUGCUGCUGCUGCUGCAGCAGCAGCAGCAGCAAGGAUACAGCAGCAGCAGCAGCAGGGGUGCAGCAGCAGCAGCAGCAGCAGCAGCAGCAAGACUACAGCAGCAGCAGCAGCAGCAGCAGCAGCAGCAAGACUACAGCAGCAGCAGCAGCAGCAGCAGCAGCAGCACCUGA